AUGUCCUUCUCGCCGGCUUCGCGAGCGCAAGUCCUCCUCAGUCACAGAGAGGCACCAGAAGAGCAAGAGAGAGAAAACCUCGACAGCCGUAAUUCGAGAGAAGCCCCGUUCUGGAAGUUUAUCCGGCGCGGGGACGACAGGAACGUCAUGUCAGGAUGCAUGUACGCAUUUGCGUGUAAAUAUGUAUCUCUGUGUUUAUGUUUCUUUGUAGAUCUCGGUGUCUGUGUUGCGAGGCUUGACAUUUGCCGCAGCGUCUCCUCGCAGCUGGCGUCUCCUGCGGUGGCUUUUCUGCGUCGUUGCCUGCACCCUUUCGCGGCGGUCGCUCUUCGUAAACCGUACAGCCUUGCUCUCCUGUUGGAGACAGGAAACUGUCUGGAAGCUCUGCGGCCAGCGCCGCGGAUUUCUGAAGAAACGGAACAUUUUGUAACAGAACCGAGGGAUUCAGUCGGCGGGGGCUUGACGGCGGACGGAAGUGAGAGAAAAGGAAACGCAUUUGAGAAGAAGAAGCAGAGAAGAAGAAGAGAUAAUCGUUUGUCGUAUCUGGUCUUGGGGUGA